UCAACUCAUUAAUUGUCAGUCUUCUUUAUCAUUUCCACGAACCGCACGAAAUGACAAAACUUAUAUUAUUAAUUUGUAUGUUUGUACCCGCGGCGCUGGCUCGCUGCAGCCCGCGGGCGGCGGUGCAAUCCUUCUCAAAGUCGGUGGACGAGUUCUCCGCAGACUUGGUGCAAAAGCUGGCUCAAAAUACCGAUGACCACUUCGUGGCCUCAACCCUGUCCGCCUGGACACUGCUGUCCUACACUUCCCUCGGCGCCGCGGGCACCUCGCUGCAAGAACUGAACUCUGUUCUCCGAAUGAGUUCAAAAAAAAGUUGCGUCAAAAAAUUCUUUGAAAUAACAAAAAAAAUUUACUCGCCAACUGUCGGGUCCGGUUUAGAAGGCGCUUCGGCGAUAUUCGUCAACAAAAACAUGUCGGUUAUUGAUAAAUUUCGAAGCCAAGUGAAGGAAGCCGGAGUCGGCGAGUUGGUAGAGGUCUCUGCUGACGACCGCGAGCGCGUCGCGGCGGCGAUCAACGAGCACUUCAAAUCCGCUACCAACGGAUCCAUUGAGAAGAUCGUGGAGGCCGACGAUUUGACAGAUGUCGCAAUGAUAAUCGUGGACGUUCUCCGAUUUAAGGGCGCCUGGACAAAACCUUUUCCUACAGAUGACACGAAAGAUAGUCCGUUCCACGACGAGGGAUCGAACGAAAUCGGUCGCGUCAACCUCAUGACUCUGACCGACUUUUUUAAAGCUUGGAAUAUGGACGAUAUAAACGCCACGGUGGUCGAGCUGCCGUACGAUGAUAAUAAAUUCUCUAUGUACGUGUUCCUCCCCUACGCGGACACAAAGUUGAGGAAUGUUAUAGGUGCCUUGAAAACAACUAGUCUAAGAACAAUAGUGGAACGUUUACAAAAAGUAGAGGCUCAAGAGGUAACCGUGAGCCUGCCGAGAUUUAAGAUUUCCUCCAACAUUGACAACUUGAAGGAGCUCCUAACGGCGAUGGGAUUGAGGGCGAUGUUCGACAGCAGCGCGGCGAGCUUCCCGCGGGUGUCUCAGUGGCCGCUGCAUGUGUCAGCGUUGCGGCAGCGCGCAGCAGUGCUCGUGUCGGAGCGGGGCACGGCUGCCAGCGCCGCCACCGAGGCCGAAUUCUCCUUUAAAAGCUUCUCGCUCACCUUCACCGCGAAUAAACCAUUCUUCUUCGCUAUUGUGGAUAAUGAAACAAAAAUUCCUGUAUUUGAGGGAGCUUAUUCCAAGCCGAGUGUGUACUGAGCGGGUACUAGUAACAUUUUUAUUCUUAUUUGUGUAUUUUUAAUUUAUUAUCCUGUUACAUUUAUUAUUUGAUUUAUUGUUCUAAAUCGUCGCUUAGAUGAUUCCUACAACAAGGACUAAAAUGUUAUUGAUAUCUAAUGUUAAUUUUAUGGUCUAAAAGCCGGUGAGAGGAGAGGAUAAAAUUCGAUUAUGGAAAAUUAUCAAAGACAUGUUUAUUAAUCAAUUAUAUACGAUAAAAAUAUGCCUCAACUAGUGAUCAUAUUGCCGAAGGUCGACCUCCCUGCUAUCCUUUACUAUUAUAAAUCCUUGGUUCACAUAAAGAAUUCUAAAAAUACCAAUUUUCUAGUUUACAAGUCCCGUUAAAUGAGAAGUAUUUGCUACGCAUAAAUAUCGAUUACAUUUAUAUCUUAAAAAGUUAUAUUCUGUGUCUUCUCUCUCCAAAUCUCGACCCUCAAGAGCCAGUAGAACUUUAUCAGGAGUACUGUUACGCGUUAUUUAGGUGAAUGUACAUAAUAUAGUUUGUUUGAUCUACUUUAACUGCGUGAUUGUUUACUUAAAUGGAUUAUACUACAUGGUAUAAUACAUUUAACUUAACUAUCACGUUAUCUGACUCCGCCUCCGUCUUAUGUCAAAUUAAAUAAAACCGAAACUUUGUUUAAGUCGCGCUUUGAUAAUGCCGGGAUCUGUUUAGUCGCACGGCGCGGUGCGGCGGGAUCAUUUUGUAGCGUUCCCGGGACGUAUUAAUCCUUGUUAAGACCAAUAAAUUAUUCGGUAUACUUCAGUUGCUCCUUACACAAGAGGCGCGCGAUUCUAUUAGCCACAGUUGAUACCGAUAGCAAACAACUUGUUUACUUUCUCUUUGGAACUCGUAGUCGGCAACGCGGCGUACAGCGGCGAACCAAGGGCCUUUAGACAACUUUUCGGGUUAGCCACACGGAGGCAAUAAUUUAUUACAUAAGACAAAAGAGUAAGCGGCUACUUGAAUUCGCCAAAAUAGUGUUGUGAACGUUGCCCAUAGACAUCUGCAUUUGCCGAUGCGUUGCCUACCUUCAAUCCACAGAGGAGGAGACGCAAAGAACCCUUUCCCCUUCACAUCGUCCCCUCAUCUGCCAAAUCCACCCACCUUUCCAACCCUUCCCGUUGGGCCGAUCGGCCUACCGAUCAAACGGUCGAAUGGGAAUUUCAUUUCCUAUUCUUUAAAGGUUGAUUUAUUAAUUCAAACAUCAUUAUUACGUUGUUCAGGAAUUGUUGCAUGAAACAACUCCUCUUAUAUUGUAGUUAUUACGAGAUACGCACUCAAUUGUCGCGUCCCGAAUCCCUCGAGCCGGCGGCCGGCGACCUAGUUCUGAAAACACCCUAAACUGCUCUAAACCGACCAUUAUAAAUUCAAUUAUGGGAUUAAGAUGCUGACAAUUCGAUGGUCGGGACUCGAUGGUGAGCGGGCGGG